UGCAUUGAAGUUGUGAAUGAAACCAAUACAAUUACUUUUUGUAUGAAUGAAACUUCGUGGUCAUAAGAAAUAAAAUAAAAUCACAAAACCGAGUGAAGUCUUAUUUGAAUUAUAUAUUUUAAAUAAAGCGGUUCAAUGGAUCUAAAUAGAUUGCCUAAUGAUCAAAAACUACAGUUGUGCAAGUGGUAUUUUAAAGUUGGGUGUAUUCUGCUUCCAUUUGUAUGGGCUGUCAACUCAGUGUGGUUCUUCAAAGAAGCGUUUAUGAAGCCACCGUUUGAUGAACAGAAACAAAUAAAGAAAUAUGUGAUACUGAGCGGUGUGGGCACUCUGGUGUGGGCCGGCGCGCUGGCGACCUGGGCCGUCGCGUUCCAGUUGCAGCGAGUGUCCUGGGGUGCCACGGGGGAUGCCCUGUCCUUCAUUGUGCCUUUAGGACGUGCCUAGUCUCAUACUCAGGGCUGUCAGACUGCUGCUUGUUCUAUUUUUCACAAAAGUAAAUUGGCACGUGUAAUAGGUAGUGCUAUUCUUAUCGUGACGGACAUAAUACAUUAAAGUCAAAGCAUUUAUUCAAAAUUGGUACUGUUUAUCAUGCUUUUGUAUUUGAUUAUCUGUUAUCGAUUGAUUAAUUAUUAUCAGUAAUUGUACUGUAUGUUGCAUUGAUUGGCCAUUGUCUGAAAGUGGUCACAUAAUAAGGAAAAUAUGACAUGAGGGAUCCUUAUCACAUUGAUUCUUAACUGACGUUAAAGAUCUGUCAAUUUAGUUAGAUUAAGGGAUUUGUGAACAACUGAAUAGGUAACCUUUGUUAAGUGUAAUUUAUUUAAAUAAAAAAAAUUAUAAUAAAAGGGAGUUUAGGGGCUAGUCUAGUGCAACAUUUGAAUCCAAACCAACAAGCUUUUGGUGGCCAAGGCAAGGCACAUUAAAAGGAAACAAAGUACUCCUGAAGAGGAUUGGAGUCUCGACAACCUAAAUCCUAGGACAGAAUGUUCCAUAAUAAAUUGAAUGUCAGAUAUUUUAAAAGAUGUGAUUGAUGAGAAAUUAUUUGUUAAAGCCCUCGCGAAUUACAUACAUUUAGGGUCAAAAAUAAUAAAAAUAAGGACCUGUGUGGACGAGAGACUAUUGUCCGCGGAGGACCAAAGCCCCUCUGUUGAGUGUUUCGCUGUACUAUUAGUCCAUUGUGUGAGUGAUAAGAUGCAGUUGUUUAGUUAUCCAUUUUGUCCACAACAACAAUGGACGUGACAGGACAACAAUCCUCGUGUGCGCAGGCCGUUAUUAUCGUUUGAUCUGUAUACUAUAAGCCAAGUAAAUAUUACGCGUAAAAUCUGAGAAAAAACUCGCCAUAUUUGCUCUGUGUCAACUGGCAUGUUAAAAGUACCGUUUGCAAAUAUGGCAGUCCUUUCUCAGAUGGUACGCGUAAUAUACAGUGUUGUACAUUUUGAUAAGAACCAUAUUGUAAUUAGGUAAUGAACGGUUAAAAUAAAACAAUCUUACAUAAUAUGAAAA